AUGUCUGACCAACCCAUCCUAACGACCUACCACGGCAAAACCGCCAUAAUAACUCUCAAUGUACCAAAGAAACUUAACGCUCUGGGUGCCGAUGAAUACUACCAGCUCGCACGCGCCAUGAAUGAAGUCGCAGCCAGAGAUGACAUCUACAUCACCAUCCUAACAGGCAAGGGACGUUUCUUCAGCGCCGGCGCAGACGUAACCUUUGGCUCCAAAACCGACCACAGUGCCAUCGACGAAAGACACCAGUACCUAAAGUCCUUUGUGUCCAACAACCUACACAUAACACAUGCAUUCUACACGCAUCCCAAGAUCCUCAUCACAGCCCUAAACGGCCCAGCUGUCGGGCUCAGCGCUGCGUUGAUCGCGUUCUCGGAUUUCAUCUACGCUGCGCCACACACCUUCCUCCUCACACCCUUCUCCUCCCUCGGUCUCGUAGCAGAAGGAAAUGCCAGCAUAGGCUUCGUCCGACGCCUCGGCAUUUCAAAGGCGAACGAGGCGCUCAUCAUGUCAAAACGCAUUACGUGUGACGAACUAGUGGCUACGGGAUUCGUGAACAAAGUCAUUGAAGCUGGAGUUGAUGUCAAGAGCGAACAAUACAGUGGGAAGUUUCUGGGCGAGGUCAGGAAGGAGGUUGAGGAGAGACUGGGCGAUCAUCUCAACAGCGAGAGUUUGGUGUUGAUAAAGGAGUUGAUUCAGAAACCAAUGAGGGAGGCGUUGGAUCGCCAGGGUGUGGAAGAGGUUAUGGGUGGGUUGCAGAGAUUUUUGAAGGGCGUGCCACAGAAGGAGUUUGCGAGACUCGCGAGUGGAGAGAAGAAGCACAAGCUGUAG